AUGCUAGACCGCAGAGAUAACAUCGCACCAUGCCAUACCAAUACUUGCCGGUGGAUUCUAGACCUUCAUGAUUUCAAAAACUGGAAAAUCCAGUCUCGAGGCUUGCUCUGGAUUAAAGGCAAACCCGGUGCAGGCAAAUCAACCUUGAUGGCAUUCCUUUACGGUCAACUCAGUGAAGAGCGAGAGUUGAAACGGCGACCAGGCAGGGCUGGGGGCGUACGGCUCGACUUUUUCUUCAGCGCCCGAGGCACUGAGCUACAACACACACCACUCGGAAUGCUCCGAUCACUGCUCAAUCAAUUAUACGACUUCGAUGAGACCGUGCGCCCUCCAAUCCGCAAGAUUUUUGAAGAUCGAUGCAGGCAGUAUGGGUAUGGCGAAAACCACUGGCAAUGGACGCAGGUCAAGCUGGAAGAGCUUCUGGCAGAUGCCAUUCUAGAAUCUGCUGAACGACGGGAAGUGAUGGUCUUUGUCGAUGCUCUCGAUGAGGCAGGAGCUGAAUUUGCCCAGCAUGUGGCAUCAUAUUUUCACCGACUUAUUAGUCGCGCAGAAAAGAUGGAAGCAGCCCUGAAGAUAUGCAUCUCAUGUCGACAUUAUCCCAUCGCGGAGGAUGGCCAGGCUGUUAAUAUCAUUGUUGAAGCCCACAACCGUGAUGACAUCGCAAGUUACGUCGAAAACGCCUUCGUUGGAAUAUCCGCUGAGGAAAACCAGGAAGAUCUGAAAAAUCUAACGAAGCACUUGAUCCAUCAAGCUGAUGGGGUUUUUCAAUGGAUACACCUGCUCGUGCCUUCUAUCAAGCGAAGAAUCGCUGAACGUGAAUCUUUUGAUGAAAUUCAUUCCUGGCUGCGUGAGGUCCCGGCCGGUCUCAAAGAAGUUUAUGUUUACAUUAUCAAUCAUGUCAUUAUGGAGCACAAUCGGAAGCAGUCACUCCUACUGUUUCAAUGGGUGUGUCUAGCUGAGCGACCGCUGACUGUGACACAAACGCGGUUUGCGCUGGCCACUGAGAAUAUUCAGAUAUCAUUAUCCCAGACAUCGGUGCCCCAGGUAUCAACUUAUCCUCGUUCAUUGGAGAAUACUCGCCAUUUUGUCGACAAUGAUGACCACACGAAGAUAAGAAUCAAGGCUCUCUCUGGUGGACUAGCUGAAGUAGUAUCAACAGAAAGAGGCGUCGAGGUUGUACAGGUAGUGCACCAGUCCGUCAAUGAUUUCCUCUGCGAAAGGGGAUUCGAACUUUUAUCGAGUCAUGUUACUGCCAACGCAUCAUCUCUCGAUGGUGGAAGAAUUCUCCCACAAUGCCAGGCAGUUCUCUAUCGGUUAUGUUUGAUCUCUGUGGCGACCUUUGCUCAACUCUGGGAAACCAUGAAAGAUUCCGUCGGACAACCUGGAGUUAUUGCGUCAGAUGCUGUGCAAUAUGACACAUGGCUCUGUUAUGCCACGACUUGUCUCUUUGGACACGCAAAGAAGGCUGCUGGGUCUCGAAUCGGUAUCUUGAAGAAUGAGCUGUAUCUUUUACAGUCAAUGACGGAGCCUUGGGUCCAGCUUCAAAUUCGCUGUCAUGGUGUGAAAUACAAUAUUGGUCACCCGCGAUUGGAAGGCGGCGCGGUUCUCUUGCAUGUCGCUGCAACUUAUGACCUGGUGGAUAUCAUAGAGACUCUUUUGGAAAGUACUGACCAGAUCGACGCAAGGGACUACUUGGGGAACACAGCGCUCCAUCUAGCCGCGCAGCAAGGCCAUAUAAGAGCAAGCAAGAUUCUUUGCGAGAAGGGCGCAAGUUGCGAGGCACAAAAUGAUUAUGGCAUGACAGCAUUGUUUGGAGCGGCUCGUCAUGGAAACCUGGAACUUUUUCGGUGGCUACUACACAAAGGAGCCAUCACUGGCAUAGACGAUGACAGGGAUGGCGCAUUGCGGGCUGCUGCGAGGGAAGGACAUACUGAGGUGGUGCAAAUUCUACUUGAUGCCAAAAUCGAUGUCAAUGCCCAGGACAGAGAAUACGGAAAUUCCCUACAAGCUGCUGCUCGCGGAAGGAAUGUGGAGGUUGUUAAAAUGCUACUUGAUGCCCAUGCCGAUGUCAAUGCUGAGGCUGGAGAAUACGGAAAGGCCCUACAAGCUGCUGCUUGCGGAGGGAAUGUUGAGGUGGUGAACAUGCUACUUGAUGCCCACGUCGAGAUCAAUUGUGAGGCCGGAGAAUGCGGAAAGGUCCUAGAAGCCGCCGCGUGGAGCGGAAAUAUUGAGGUGGUGCGUAUAUUGCUUGAUUUCUAUGCCGGUGUCGAUUCUAAGGCCAGGGAAUACCGAAAAGCCCUGGAAAUCGCUGUUCAGGGAAAGCAAAGCGAGAUUGUACGGCUACUCCUUGAUUUCCAUGCCACUUUUGAUGCCCAGGGCAGAGAAUAUGGAAACUCUCUACAGUUGGCAGUGUCUAUAGGGUUUUCUGAAGGGGUACAGAUGCUACUCGAUGCUCAUGCCGAUGUCAAUUCCCAGGGCAGAGAAUUUGGAAACCCAUUGCAAGCUGCCGCUCGCGAAGGGGAAGUAGCGAUGGUACAGAUGCUGCUUGAUGCCUAUGCUGAUGUGAAUGCCGAGGGCGGAGAGUAUGGAAAGGCUCUACAAGCUGCGGCGUACAACGGCGAUAUUGAGGUGAUGCAGAUGUUACUUGAUAACCAUGCUGAUGUCAAUGCCGAAAGUGGAAAGUAUGGCAAUGCCCUCCAAGCUGCCGUCCACAAUGGGCAUAUUGAAGUGGUGCAAAUGCUCCUUCAUGCCCAUGCUGAUGUUAACGCUCAGGGUGGUCAGUAUGGCAAUGCCCUCCAAGCUGCCGUGUACAAUGGACAUAUUGAGAUAGUGCGGACGCUUCUGAAUGCUCGUGCUAAUGUUAAUGCUCAGGGUGGUCGCUAUGACAAUGCCCUCCAAGCUGCCGUGUGCAAGGGGCACGUUGAAGUGGUGCGAAUGCUCCUUGAUGCCCAUGCUAAUGUUAGUGCUCUGGGUGCUCAGUAUGGAAAUGCCCUCCAAGCAGCCACCCUCGAAGGGCAAACUGAUAUAAUGUGCGUCCUACUUGAUGCUCGUGGUGAUGUCAAUUUCCACGGAGGCAAGUAUCAAUCGUCUGUUAAGGCUGCACAUUCUAGGGACUAUCCUGAUGGUGUUCGAUUCUCUCUUGAUUCAGAGGUAUAUUUACCACCUUUGGAUGGGCUGGACCAAAAUCCGCUUCAUAUUGCAGUUUCACGCCCUCCAGCCCUGUCAAGACUAACGAGUAUAAUCUCUCACUGCCCCUACCUGACGUUGGCCCUUGACCAACGGGACAAGCUUUUGCGAAAUCCUCUCCAUACAUCCAUUUACAAAGGGCUCGGAAUAUCAUCUGCAAUUAAACUCCUCGAGCUUGGCUCUGAUCCUUCUAUUUUGGAUGGCUAUGGGAGAAAUAUAGUGGAUUGGGUACAAGGGAACAGAUAUUUGAUGGCUCAAAUUCGACCGCAUUGCCCUCAGACCCUCCCAACAUGCCAGGAAACUCAGUACCUCACAACCCGUCAAUCGGUCCUUCUCUUUGCGAAGAAUAUUCUCCGUUCUCUGCCAGACUUUCAAUUGCCUCUCGUGCAACAACUAGGACACUUUCUCCUACAUCUUAAUGAUGAAGACAGAGCGACGUAUCUCUUCCAACUACAUCUGUCGCCAGAGACUCAGAUUUUCAGAAUCGAAUGCUUCAUAUGUGACGAGUGGAUAUAUGGUCUCAUUUUUGUUUGUCGACAGUGCCCAAAUGUCGUUCUCUGCUGGCGGUGCAUCCGUUGUCAACCUCCGGGGCUACUGCACACAUACUUUCACGAAAAAUUCGAAAUAUCAGCACUGCGUGAUAAGGAGCAAUUUUUCAGAUCAAGCUCUGAUACACUGGGUCUCUUUUUGCAAGAUCUCAUCGAGGAAUUUUCUGCAAAAAGCGCCGACGAUCCCAAAAAAGGGUUCCUGGAUUACCCUUCACUGUCUGCGGCUCAAGAAGAGACUGCCUUUUCGCUACCGAAGACCACUUUUGGCCCAGCAAUUAUCGCUUGCACUAUUCUUGUUGUAAUUCUUGGCGUUUCAAUUGGAUGCUUCUAUUUUUAA